GUGAGGGGAGAAAGAGUGAGGGGGAGAGAGAAAAAGAAAGAGGGAGUGUGUACAUGUGUAUCAGUCAAUAAUUAAUUGCCUUACAAUCUACAAUCACUUGUCAGUGGUAGUCAAUUGCGGCUUAUUUUUGGGCAUCACUGUCCGCUGGACGGUUUCAUGUUGUGGUUCGUGCGUCACCCUGGAAGAGUGGACAGAAAAAGUGGGACUUUAACUAGACUUAAAGUCUCCCUUCCAUGCGACAAAGCGACCAAUAUGCGCUUGCAGAAACACCUGUGAUCUGAUUUUUUUUCUCCACAUACACCAACAUUUUUAUUGACGGCAUUAUUAUUAUUGAAGUAACUCUUGCAAAACAAUUCUUCGAAGCGUCAUCUGAUAAGCUACUAUGACCUCCAAAGAUCCCACUGUUAUGGAAGACCGCAGACGCAGUGCGCUGGACCAGCUUCCGCCGCCAGCCAACUCAAACAAGCCCCUGACGCCGUUUAGUAUAGAGGACAUCUUGAAUAAACCUUCGGUGAAGAGAAGUUACUCUAGCUGCGGGACGGCGCACCUGCUGUCCUCCAGCGAAAAGCUGUCUUCAUCCGGUCAUAGCCUGUCCAACCGGGCCCUGUUCACUCAAACCUCCCCGCUCUGCGCUCUGGAGGAGCUUGCCAGCAAAACCUUCAAAGGCCUCGAAGUUAGUGUUCUUCAAGCCGCGGAGGGCCGAGACGGCAUGACACUUUUUGGUUCGCGGAAUAAUCCCAAAAAGCGCCGAAAGUCUCGCACUGCUUUCACCAACCAUCAGAUCUACGAGUUGGAGAAGCGUUUCCUAUACCAGAAGUACCUGAGUCCAGCUGACCGAGACCAAAUAGCACAGCAGCUUGGACUCACCAACGCGCAGGUCAUCACCUGGUUCCAGAACCGGCGCGCCAAGCUCAAACGGGACUUGGAGGAGAUGAAGGCGGACGUGGAGUCGGCCAAAGCAGUGGGUACAGUGUCCUUCGAGAAAAUGGCCAAACUAGCUGAGUUGGAAAAAUGCGCAGCUAAUGGCGCACUGGGCCCUAACAGAUCAGAAUCACCUUCGCUAUCGAACCAUGAGCGCAACACCCCGAAUAAACUGCUAUUGUCCUCCCCUUCGUCGCCAUAUACAGACCAUACUAGCAGCAAGGGCUGCUCCGAGGAUGAGGAGAUUGACGUGGAUGACUAAGGAUUUUACCGAUGGAUUUCGCUCUUACCGCUACAAAAGUUUGAAGUGCCAUUUUUACAGCACAUGUAUUCAUGAGGCUUUUAUGAAGAACACCCAGCAUACGCAUGGACUAUGAUAUGCAACCGCAGAUAGACACAUAUUGUAUUCAUCCAUUCAUUUAACCAACGCGGAUCGUUAAAAGAAAAGCAAUAUGUACACCUAUCAAAUGAUUUGACACCAAAAGCACACGCUCGCGCGCACACACACACACACACUCUCUCACACACACACACACACACACACACACACACACACACA